AUGGCACAAAGGAGGUGCCUCCAAAAGAUUUCGUGUCGAUUCGUUCGUCCUUCAAGACAGCAACAGAGAGCAUCGAUUGGCGGUGGAAAUUUGGGAGCAAGAAUUCCAAACACAAAGGUUGCUUCCGUUCGAGGCUUUGCAACGGCCACUGACGUUGCAGCAAAUUCUGUUCCUGCAGCAAAGACUCUCCCGGAAGCCUUUCGAAACUCGACUCUGUGCUGCGAUGAUCGUAACUACACACUCGUCAGAUUUCCCACAUCUUCCAUGGGUCUUGCCCUCCAACUUUGGAACCAUGCGCUCGUGGCCUCCACUUUAUCUAAUACUACUACUGCUACUACUACUACUACUACUACUACUGCACCGUCAAAACCACCGCCAUCCUUUGGUGGAUUCUUGGUGGACAAGGACGAGAUUACAAUGUUGGUGCCAAGCGAUGUAUACACCUGGAGUAUUGCAAUGAACAACAUGAACAAGACUACUGGCAAACAAGAUGAUUCAUUGGAUGCUGGUACCGACAAUGGUAUCAAGUAUCGACUCUUUACCUUUGACGAUGUCGUUUUGCAUCCAUCCCUGGUGGGAUUCAUGGCCGUUAUUACUAGAGCUCUGGCAGAUCACGACAUUUCCGUCUUGCCUUAUGCAGCCUACAGCACGGAUCAUAUCUUUGUGGCCGAGAAAGAUGCCACGAAAACCAGAUCGAUUUUGGAGGGUCUCCCAGAGUAUUUGUCAAAGGAUACCGAUGGCAAUUCUUGA